UGCGCGCCGGUGCACAUCUCAGCCAGAGCCGGCUGCCGGCCGCCGGGAGUGCGAGCGCAGUGCGGUGUGUGCCGGGCGACGCGAGGCUGAGCCGAGAUAAGCCGCGACGUCGACGCUCUGCAGGUACGUGCCGUCCACCUCACGCUGGGUCUACCUAUUCAGUGGUUCCGUGGAACGAAGUCGCUCGCGGACAGCUUACAGUUACGACUCUCGACAGUACACACGGACUGGCAGCGGUACAUAUUGCGCAAAACUGUGAAGCUGUCUAAUGAAAAAUUCAGCAACAACUACGGCCAUUGCAGUUGUUUUGAACUGAAUCUUUGGCAAGCAAACCUUGUUCUUUUGGUACUCACUAUUUUAGAGUGGACCACAUCUCGCGGAAAAGGGAGACGCCCUGGAGUCGGAUGUGGUGACCCCCGGCCCGUCUCCGAGACGUUCGGAAAGUGCGGGUGACGUCAGAGGCCGCGCCGCUGCGAGCCGCAAGGUCGCUGGUGUUGACGCUUCUAUAGAGCUGGGUCGCGACCAGUCGGUGCGACGCUUCUGUUCUCUUCGCGGAGAGGGCGCAGCGGUCGCGUUGUCGUCCUGGAGAGGGAUCGGAGGCGAUGGCGAGCGCGGCGGACAGCGGCCGCGGCACGCUGCCCUCCGACGGCGGCUCGCCGCCCCCGCCGCCGCCGCCCAACCUCAGCGCCGCCCCCGCAAAGGGCAAGUCGGUGGUGCGGCCCGUGGCGUGCCGGCCGCUGCCGCUGGCCAUGGGAGCGGCCUCGCGACUCGCCGGCGACCGCUACGGAUCGACGCCCGUGCUCGCCAGGCCCGGCUCCCAGCUCACCCUCUACGGCAGCAGCAGCGACCUGCCGGCCGGCUGCGGGAACAACCACUCGCUGGACCGGAAGCUGCUGGCGUCUGCGUCGACGGGCCGACCGCUGAUGGGUGCCGCCAGCCUGGAAAGCGUCCGCAAAUCCCCGGCUAGAGCCGCCGCUGCCGCCGCCGCCGCCGCGCUAGCCAACAGUAGCGGCGGCAGCAGCUUGAGCAGCAGCAGCAGCCACAGCAGCGCGAGCGCGGGCAGCAAGGCGUCGUCGCUGGCGGGCGGCGGCGCGGGCAGCGUCGGCGGCGGCUGCGGCUGCGGCUCGCUGCUCGACCUGGCGCCCUCGCCCUCCGACUCGGGCGUCGCCGAGCUGGAGGCGGCGCUGCGCGACCGAGACUCCGAGCUGGCGCACCUGCGGCAGGCCAUGGAACACAACGAGCAGGUCAUCUUCCGCGUCUACCAGGAGAAGGAGCGCGUCUGGGAGCGCGAGCUGCGGAGGCUCAAGAGCGCGCACGAGAACCGCCUGCGCGCCGGCGCUCAGCGCGCCCACAAGCUCGAGCAGACGCUCAUGACGCAGACCUACCAGCUGCAGCAGGAGAAGCAGCGGCUGGUGGAGGAGGCGGACGGGUCGGCGCGCGAGGCGGCCGAGCUGCGCCAGGAGGUGUCGCUGCUGCGCGCCCGCCUCGAGGAGACCGAGUGGGGCCUGUGCCACAAGGCGGGCGAGCUGGCGCUGCUCAAGGCGCAGCUCAAGGACGCGCAGGGUGAGCAGGCAUCGAAAGGGCAAGAAGUGGUGCAGCUGCGAACAGAGGUGCGCGAGCUGCGUGCGGAGCUGGAGCGCCGCAGUGACCAGCUGAGGCAGCAGCGUGAAGAGGUGGCACCACUACGUGCACAGUUGGAUGCACAAGCCCAGGAACUGGCCCGGCUGCGAGCACGUGAGGCUGACUUGGCCGCACAAUUUCAGAGUGAGAGGCUCACCUGGGCGCAGGAAAAGGAGAAAGUACUGCGUUACCAGCGCCAACUCCAGCUCAACUACGUGCAGAUGUUCCGUCGCACGAAGUCACUCGAGGCAGAAGUUGAGAGUCUUACGUUAGAGUUGGAACUGGAUUCGAAAACAGCAGCUGCUCCCAAGAAGCUACCAGCCAUCGAGAUGGGCCAUACUAUUGAGCUUUGAGGUUGCAGAUGACGAAAACUGCAGGCAAGUGCCUGUGUAGUUGAGGUGCUCUCUUGUGGGAACUGAUACUGGUCCUAAAGACUCAAUUCAUCAACCUACAUAGCUUUCUUCCAUGAAGAGCUUACACAUUUUGAAUAUGCCUUUCAGUAUAUUUCUGUAGAAAAUAACACCUAGAAAAACACAAAUUUUAUUACUAGUUAUGCUAUGCCAGGUUUUGAAGUAAGUGUAUGAAAUGCAUCUUCAGUUUAAAUAUUGUGUUAGAUAGUUAAGUAUUUAUAACAGGACUGUAAUUCUGCAGUUUUAAUGUACUGUAAACUGAGAAGUGUCUUCCUGAUUGGAGAUGGACGUGUAUAUAUUCCAAAGUGUAACUCAUAAGUAAUUAAAGUGUGUGAUGACAGGACCAACUGAAUAUGCCUCUACUUCAUGCAAGUGAGUGUACUAGUAAUUCUAGCUGUUUAUCAUAGAUGCUGCUUAUAUUAUAGCUUGUGUCUGUUCAUUGCAACAGAAUGUUAGUCUGUGCCAAUUAACCAACAGCUGCAGACAUAAAACUAGUUAUUUGUGAUGCUAUAACAAUGUGACAAACAGUUAUUAUAAUGUUUUCACAUGAAGACUGUACCUAAAUAUACUACUCUUAUUUAUUAAUUUCAUUCAUGAAUGGGUGAGUGGAAUGAAUAUUUUCAUAUGACAUGUUCCUGGUGAAAUUUUAGUUUUGCAGUUAUGAGAUGUGACUAUCAUAAUUUCACCAUUGUAAUACAAGCUUUAGGGCAGAAUUGUGGAUGCAUGUGGACAACUGUGACAUUGGUUUACAGCAAAUGUCUAUUUUGAGCAUUAUAUUGCCACAGAACUUUAAUCAGUUUUCAGGAUUGUCAUUAAAGUUCAAAACACUCCUUAUUCCCUAUGUAGCAAACAUUAUUUCCAUUCUUCAUUGGUGAUUCAAUAAAACUUAAAAUAAAAAUAAGCAAUAGUAUAAAAUUAAUAACACUUGUGUUCAAAUGAAGAAAUGAGUGACUAUUGAGCACAAAUACUACUGAACAUAGGUUAUCAUCUCCACUUUCUCACAAUUUUAGUGAUAGCAGUUUAUGGAAGUGACUGCCAACAGUAUUUGGAGAUAAAAAAUGAGUUUUGUUUACAACUUUUGUUGACAACAAUUGCCAUCUGCAUGCCACUGUCCAACACCACUUGGAGUAUAAUUUUCUCCUAAGGUGUGACAGAUUAUUUACUACCAAAGUGUCACAUUAAUAUAUGUACUAUUUAAUCCAAACUGCUGUGAAAGAUAAAUUAUGUAAUUUAAUUAACCAUGACAUUCAGUGUUAAUAAAAUUUUAAUGUGAUGAUGAAAUAAAUAAAUGAUUCUUGUUUGAAUA